ACGUGUGAUCGCCGUCUUUUUCCCGAGGUGAAGGAGCGGAGCAGACACGCACUGCGUGCUGCUGCACAGAUUUACUAGUCAUGGUGCUGUUGCACGUGUUGUUCGAGCACGCGGCAGGCUACGCGCUGUUCGCUGUCAAAGAGGUGGAGGAGAUCGGCAUGCUGCUUCCUCAGGUGGAGGAGAGCGUGCUGAGCAUCGGAAAGUUCAACAGCAUGGUGAGCCUGGCUGCCUUCUUCCCGUUCAAGUCGGCCCAGGCUGCUCUGGAGAACAUGAAUGCCAUUUCUGAAGGUGUGGUUCAUGCUGACCUGAAGUUGUUCCUAGAAACAAAUCUGCCCCUCUCUGGGAAGAAGAAAGCUGUGUUGGGGGUUUCAGAUGCAAAGAUUGGAGCAGCUUUACAAGAAGAAUUUAACCUUUCCAUCCAGACUGGUGGGGUGGUGGCUGAGAUAAGCAGAGGUGUGCGUCUGCACUUCCAUUCCCUGGUGAAGGGUCUGACUGCCCCGGCUGCCUCCAAGGCACAGCUGGGUCUUGGCCACAGCUACUCCAGAGCUAAAGUCAAGUUUAAUGUCAACAGGGUUGACAACAUGAUCAUCCAGUCCAUCGCUCUGUUGGAUCAGCUGGACAAAGACAUCAACACUUUCUCCAUGCGCGUCCGUGAAUGGUACGGCUACCACUUCCCAGAGCUGAUCAAGAUCGUGCCUGACAACUCGAUGUACUGCCGCCUGGCCCAGCUCAUCGGAAACAGGAAGGAGCUGUCGGAGGAGAGUCUGGAGAGCCUGGAGGAGGUGGUGAUGGACAGCGCCAAAGCUCAGGCCAUCCUGGAAGCAUCGCGCUCCUCCAUGGGUAUGGACAUCUCUCCGAUUGACCUGAUCAACAUAGAGAGAUUCUCCAAUCGCGUUGUGUCUCUGGCAGCGUAUCGGCUGGAGCUGCAGGAGUACCUGCGUUCUAAGAUGAGCCAGGUGGCCCCAAAUCUGGCAGCCUUAAUCGGAGAAGUGGUGGGAGCUCGUCUGAUCUCCCAUGCCGGCAGUCUAACCAACCUGGCCAAGUACCCGGCCUCAACCGUUCAGAUCCUGGGAGCAGAAAAGGCCCUGUUCAGAGCCUUAAAGACUCGUGGCAACACCCCUAAGUACGGACUCAUCUUCCACUCGACCUUCAUUGGACGCGCUGCAGCCAAGAACAAAGGGCGCAUCUCCAGAUAUCUGGCAAACAAGUGCACCAUCGCAUCACGCAUUGACUGUUUCUCUGAGGUACCUACAUGUGUGUUUGGUGACAAGCUGCGUGAACAGGUGGAGGAGCGACUGUCUUUCUACGAGACGGGCGAUGUGCCGCGGAAGAAUGUGGAUGUCAUGAAAGAGGCGGUGAAAGAGGCUACUGAUGUUGCAGCAGAGAUCAAGCGGAAACUAGAGAAGAAGGAGAAGAAGCGCAAGAAGCGCGAAAAGAAGUUGCAAGAACUUGAACCAAACGGCGAAGCCAACGGCGAAGCUCAGGUGGAGAAUGGAGAAGCAGACACCCCUGUGGUGAAGAAGAAAAAGAAGAAACAAGCGGCAGAGGAGAUGGAGGUCGAAGCAGAGGAGACCCCUGCUGCAGAGAACGGAGCAGAGGACACCCCAGGAAAGAAGAAAAAGAAGCGAGCGGCUGAGGCCAUGGAAGCUGCUGCCACAGAUAAUGGCGCUUCAGCCAAGAAGAAAAAGAAACGAAAGACUGAGAGCAUGGACGCAGAGCCGGCAGAAGAGACCCCAGAAACACCCGUGUCUGAGAAGAAGAAAAAGAAGAAAAAAGAGACUGCAGACUAGAGAAUGUCAUCAAAGACUGAAUCUUUAUUUUUGUGUACAGCUUAUUUUUACUCAUUUUACUCUUCAUCUAAAGCUAGUUGAUGUAAGCAGCUUUUUUUGUUUUUGUUUUGGCAACAAAGCAGGUUGGACUGCAAUGAAAUGCUUAUAUACAGUGGCAUGCAAAGUUUUGGGCACCCCUGGUCAAUUUCUGUUUUGUCUGGUAGCUAAGUGUGCAAGAUGACCCAAUUUCCAAAAGGCAUAAAGUUAAAGCUCCAAUAUAGCAAAAAUUAUGAGGAUCCAAAGUACAUUUGGGCACCCUGCAUGGUCAGUGGUUAGUAAAUGUGUCAGUGGGGUCAGCUUUUACACUCAUAGCUCAAGAGAAAUUAACAAAGGAUGCCCAAACCUUUGCAUGCCACUGUAACUGUGCCUUGAAGUCAAUGACAUUUACUUUUACUUCUGUAAAUACAUUGUCAAUUAAACCUUUUGUCACAUUAAAAA